GGGCACUUUUGUGUUUGUCUGUGCACGCUUACGUGCGAUCUCUGCAUUUGUGUCCGUCUCCCUCAUUCCUCCCUUGCCCAUCCAUGCACAGCAUGAUAUAAACAAACCUGCCUCUGGACAUGUCAUGGCUUAAAAUAGAUGUUCAUACAUCAGCCUUUCUCCAGCAGCAGCGGCAGCAGCAGGAAGACAUGGCCGACUGGAUCUGACUACAACACUCACUUUGCGCCGAGAAAUCACAGCCCUCGCAAAGGACCGUGGGUGGCAGCAGCAGCAGAAGUGACCUCCAGGCCACUCUCCGGCCUUCACGAACCCACAGGUAUGCCUUGUGGGUCUCGGCAGCUCCAAUGGCUUUCCUGUCCAGGCUCUCCAGGAAUGGCACCAGGUCACCGAGCCGAAGCUCACGGGAAGAGCGCAACCACCACCCCAUCCUCAGCGUCUUUGAGCUUGAAAGGUUGCUGUACACAGGCAAGACAGCCUGUAAUCAUGCUGAUGAGGUCUGGCCAGGACUCUACCUGGGAGAUCAAGAUAUAGCGGCCAACCGGCGGGAGCUGGCUCACCUGCGCAUCACCCACAUCCUCAACGCCUCGCACAGCAAGUGGAGGGGGGGUGCUGAGUACUACGAGGGCACGGGUAUCCGCUACCUGGGCAUCGAGGCCCAUGACUCACCUUCCUUCGACAUGAGCCCCUACUUUUAUCCCGCAGCUGACUUCAUCCACCAAGCGCUGAAUGAAGGAAGGAUCCUUGUGCACUGUGCUGUCGGGGUGAGCAGGUCGGCCACCUUGGUCCUCGCCUACCUCAUGAUCCGCCACCACAUGCCCCUUGUAGAAGCCAUAAAGACGGUCAAGGACCACCGUGGUAUCAUCCCCAACCGGGGUUUCUUGCGCCAGCUGGUCGCCCUGGACAAUGCCCUGAGGCUGAAGAGGAGUGCGUGAAGGAGGACAGAGGGGUUGUGCGGUGGGAGCGUUGUGUGUGCGGUGGGAGCGUUGUCUGGGCGGUGCUCGCCUGACCCCGAUGCCCGCUGAGUGGCAGAGAUGGGGCUUUCCUCACGGUGCAGACGCUUGGCAGCUAAUGGGUUACCUGC